AUUCAAUUUCCCAUAUAAAAAAACCGCCUUUUAGUAGCUGGACAGUAGUAAUAAAAAGAGAGGAUCUAAGGAUUCUCUCAUAUGCCAUUAUACUUUCUUUUUUUCUUGUACAUUACACAUUUCUAAAGUAAGCAAAUACAACUAAAACUAAGAAAAUCAUUCAUGGAAGGUGCCCAACAACAUAAGGCCGAGCAAGAAUUCAAUCUAAAAGAAUGGCAUCUUCGAGCUCGGAUUAGUCGAGAUAAUCCGAGCUCGAGAAGAUAUUCAGCUUCUUAUAUUCGAAGUUUUCGAGAAGAAUCAAGAACAUCUUUUAAGUCGAAUUUUACCAUCUCUAGUACUGCCUCCUCUCCCGGCUACCAUAUAAAAGAUGAGAUUGAUCCUUCAACGUACUCAUUCACCAAAGCACUCAAAGCAUUACAAGCAAAAUCAGGAUAUGUAUGGGAAUGUGUAUCACCAGAAGGAUUUGCAUUAAAUUCAAAAUGGGAUGAAGCAGAAAGAUACAUAUGUAAUCCAUUAUCAGGAGAAGUUCCAAUGGAAUGUUUAUCAUCCAAAACGCUAAAUGGGAGGUCGUUUCGAAGCUACAUGGCUAGUAGAGUAACCAUGUCUGCUCCUCUUGUUUAUUCUAUGCAUCAUAGAAAAACAAGCACUACUUCUAAUUACCCUUCUAUUAAUAGUAUGUCACCUCAUGUCACUCUCCUUAAAGAACAACUUGUCAAACUUCCCUCUCUUGAACAAGAAGAGAAGAAAAUGGUGGAAAUCAAAACAAGAGAUGUAGGGACACAAAGUAGCUUAAUUACAGAGGACAGUUCAAGUAGUCCAAGUCCCACAUCAACUCCUUCAAUUAAAGAGAGAAAGACAAUGUUUUGUGAAGAAACUGAAGAUGGUGAUACUCAAAAUUCAAGCUCUAGUAUUAAUAAUAUUAAAUUGAAUCCUAAAGAAGAGUGUACUAUGCAGGUGGAAGUGAAAAUAACAAGAGAAGAAGAAGAAACAAAAAGAAGAAUAAAAGAAAAUGGGAACAACAAGAAGAAAAUAGGGCAAUUCUGUAUCUGCAGGCAAAAUAAUGGGUGCUUACAAUUAUCAUGGAGCAGCUUCGGGAUAAAUAAUAAGAAAAGAGAGAAAAAAAACCUUAAAUCAAAAAAUUAAAUUCAAUUAUUGUACUAUUUAGAAUAAAUUAUUUUUUCAUUUUAUGGCAAGAGUAAGACCAAGAGUAUAUAUAGAAGUAUUAAACAAAAUUUCAUAAUUGCCAUGCAUGCAUAUUAAUUACUUCCAAAAUGUUCAAUUUAUAAAUGAUUGAGUAUAAAAUCAAUUUUCAGGAUUUAAAUA